CACCGAGCGCAGCCUCGUCGCGAGACGAAGAAUAGGAGGAGGGUAGAACGUGCGCUGGAGGCGACACCUGUCAAGCCGUAACUAAACACACUUGGUUUAUUUUAAAAGACUGAGGCGCCCUGAAGACUUGGGGGAUAAACCGAGGUGGAAAUAGAGAUUAGUCGCACCUAUUGCCGCUGUUUUGCGUUCAGGGACAGUCACGGAGCCCUUUGAGGAGAGAAGAAGGAGUGUGUAGGCUGACAUUAACGUUAUGACAAGCCGUUUCUGGAGUUGAAGUAGCGAAGUUGAAGGAGGGUUAGACUGUCGGCUGAGAGGAGCUAACUGACAGCGAGAGCCGAGAGCAAAAAGACAGAGAAAAACGUGACUUUAUCCGAGGUUAGUCUCUCUCUCUCUCUCUCCCUCCCUCCCUCACUCACUCAUUCACACUCACACACACACACACGCUACAAACACAUUAACCCACAGUGGAGUCCAGAGUGAAACAACAGGGUGGGAGAUAACUAGUGCACAUCGCGGAGCUCCGGUGCCGGCAGACCGUCACAUCCUCCCCCGUCCCUGCGCGGUGCGUUUGCCCGGCUGUAGAGACUGCUGACCGGGACUAGACGGACGCGUAAAAAAAACUGCCAAGUUGAGAGGAUGAUUUGACAAGGAUGCCUUGAGGGAAGCGAGCAGGAGAGAGGCAGAAAAUGGAUAACAAAGGGUGGUGUUCACUGACACCCAGCGCGCCGGCCUGCUGAAGCAAACGUCAGUCAAGUCUACGUUGAGGACACUCGACAGUGGUCCAUUCAGCUAACCUGUGGGAAAACUUUUCAUGCUGAGCCACGGAACUGACCAUCUCAGCUCUGCUUAGUGCGGGCCUCUACAGCACACGCAGUCAUCUUGCCCUUUCUCUGCCGAUAAUCUGUGUGAACUGAAAAGGAAGCGAGCAAACAUUUACCAGAGCAGAGCAGAGGCUGAAAGGAAAGGAGAAAGAAGCAGGAGCGGAGACUCUUAUUUGGUAUUCUGCACCAGGCCAACCGGUUCAUCACAGCCUCAAACAUACUCAUUACAUCCACUGAAGUGUGAAAUUCAUGUUGUAAUAGUUGUUACAAUACAACCAAUAAUAACAGAUCAUAAAGACUCUGCUGGACUCUUUUGAGACACGGAAAUCUCACUUUUUCUCUCGUUGCCGUUGAUUAAUUGAAAGCACUACCUGGUUGUUCAAAGCGAUUGUAUUACAGCACGGUACUAUUUUUGAAUGACCCACUGCUUGCAUGAGUAUCCAGGAUAGCUUUUGACUUCGAAGAAAGACCCUUGAGCCCUCAACCGUCUUCUGACUGUCUGCCCAACUGUAGCAUUUGGGUGUGGAGUGGUGUUUUCAGAAUCAGGCCUCUGGAUGCUUGCUGAAGAUGACUUGAGUUGGCAGGCCAAAAAGCCCCUUACCCAAGAGAGAAAGAGCUUGGCAGUAGGACACAUUCACACACACACACACAAAUGAGGGUGCCGAGGCGGUUUUGAGCCAUGCUGGUGUUGCUGCUAGUGAAGCCCUGGAGUACAGGCUAUCAUCAUCUCUAUCAUCAUUCACCCAAGCUGAGGAAGAUUCAAAUACCCCAAGGAGCUAUGCUACACUUCUGAACAAUUCAAAGAAAACUACAGUAACCCAGAGAGAUCCACAGCUGCAUCCUCAAUCACACUGACAGACGCGAAUACUCUUCUCCACAAAUCCUUGAUAAAGGAACAACGCUGAAAAGUACAGAGACUGAGCAGUCAGGAGCUGUGCACCAACAUGGCAGCUGAGAGUCUUGCUGAGCUCCGCGAUUGGCUCUUUUUGCUCCUCCUUUGCCUCACCUUAUUGGCUGAGGUUCUGGAACUGGCGGCAGCGGCAAUUGCCAUGGAGACGGGCGAGGGAGAUGAGGGCAUUGUUUGUCCCUCAGUGUGCCGCUGUGAUGAGGGUUUUGUGUACUGCAACGACCGUGGCCUCAGUAUAAUUCCUCCUCUACCGUUAAUGGCUGCCAUCCUGUACUUGCAAAGCAACCGCCUGAGUAACGCCGGGCUGCCUCCCUCACUGGAACGCAGCACUUCCAUACGAGUGAUUUACCUGUACGCCAACCAGCUGGAUGAAUUUCCUAUACACCUCCCACCUUCAUUACGGGAGCUGCAUUUACAGGAUAAUAAUAUACGAACGUUACCGAGAUCAGCUCUGGCCAAGUUACCAUUACUAGAACGUUUACACCUGGAUGAUAACUCUAUAUCCACUGUUAGCAUCCAGGAGCGGGCUUUUUCUGGGACUCCACGGCUUCGGCUACUGUUUCUGUCUCGAAAUCACCUGUCAAGCAUCCCUGCAGGCUUGCCAGCGUCCUUGGAAGAGUUACGAUUGGAUGACAAUAGAAUAAGCACCAUUCCCACGCAUGCCUUCCGUGGGCUCACCUCCCUGCGCCGCUUGGUCCUGGAUGGGAACCUGUUGGCCAACACACGCAUUGCAGAUGACACCUUUUCCCGUCUCUCCAAUCUGACUGAGCUCUCACUGGUCAGGAAUGCCUUGCAGUCUCCACCAGUCAACCUACCAUCAGCUCACCUUGUGCGACUCCAUUUGCAAGACAACGGAAUGACUCAUAUACCACGUGGGGCGCUAGAUGGGAUGCGGCGGCUGCAAAGGCUGGACCUGUCAGGAAACAAUCUAACCAGUCUACCACGAGGACUUCUGAAGGACACAGAAAGCCUGGAGCUGCUACUGCUGCGGGGAAAUCCUUGGUACUGUGGCUGCAACCUUCGUUGGCUGCACGCCUGGCUGCACAGCCGGGGGGCAGCGGUAACAGUCAGGGGUCUGACCUGUCAGGGCCCUGAGCCUGUAAGAGGCAGGACCCUCAAAGACUUAACCUCCCUGAUGGAACAGUGUGAAGGCCCACCCCCUGGCCCAAGUACUGGAACAGGGGUGAGUCCAGCAGAAAAAGAUGGAGGAGGUGAAGAUGGCGUUGGAGGGGGGCAAGGAGUAGCUUCAGUCCCCCAUGGCAGCACCACCACCACCACUCUGCUGCUCCCUACACAAGGUUCCCUCUUCACACUGCGCGCCAAGCGGCCGGGCCUUGUUAUACCUCUGCCUCCUGGUGAAGGGGGACAGGUAUCUGGAGAGGCCCUGGAACUGACUGUAAAGCCUCUCUCUUCAGACAGUGUACUGGUGAGUUGGCUGUGCCCACAGCCAGCACCCUCCUUCCGCCUGUCAUGGCUGAGGUUGGGUAGCAGUGCAGCUCUUGGUUCCAUAACGGAGACACUGGUUCCUGGAGACAGGAGGCAGUACCUCCUUACCCAGCUCACCCCACGCUCCCAUUACCUCAUCUGCUUGUUGCCACUACAGCCGGAGCCUUCCUUUGGGAGUUCUAGCAUUGGUUCAUCUCGAACUGGCAGUAUGGACACAAACAGUAAAGACUCAGCCCCAGCCUGUGCUCAGAUAGAGACUGGAGAGGCUCUGGUCAACUCAGGAGGAGAAGGGUCAGAGAAAGAGGGAAAGGACUCUGAACUAACAGCCCUGCCAUUGGCAGGGAUCAUAGGGGGAGCCACAGCAUUGGUAAGCCUGCUGUUAAUCUUUGGCAUCUUCUGCUGGUAUGGACAGAGAACAGGUUACAUUUCCGGGGACUCUGGCUCAUAUAGCAGGGGUCGCGGUGGAAAACAUUAUGAUGACUACGUAGAGUCAGGCACCAAGAAAGACACUUCCAUCCUAGAGAUCAGGGCCCCUCCUGCAGGAUUUCAGAUGACAGCUAUGGCCCAUCAGCCCCUGCAGCCUAAGCUUGAGGAUGUCACCUACAUCCAUACCAUUUUCCCCUCUUCUUCCUCCUCCUCCCAAGCUAACGGGACCUACCGGAGCAGCCAUGGAGCUGGCAGCAUCAAUGGCACCAUCCUCAGCCAAACCAGCCACCAACACGUCACUUAUGGUACCAACCGUGGGUACAGAGAGGGUGGCAUCCCCGACAUAGAUUAUGCCUACACGUGAUGAUACAGGGAGAUGUUCCCUGAGCCAUGAAUGCCAGACGCCAUUGCUAUGAUGACGACCCCUUGGCAGGUGGCUAUUUUGUCCUUGGUUUCCAAAGUACCCUCUGUGCCUCUGCUGGUUCAAUUCUGAUUGGUUUGCUAGGUAGAAAAGACUCUUUUCAGCUAUGUUGAAUGGACAUUGCUAAUGAGUGACAAAAGUUAGUCCUACUAUAAUCCACUACUGUAUAUUACAUUAUACAGUAAGCCCUUCUUUCAGCUCUAUUUGUAGUUAUAAAUGGUUACGUUUUCUCUUUUAUCUCAGUGUCUUUCAAACCUACCGUUCUUCUCAGCUCAUAAUAAUACACAGUAAUUUAAUUGAGGUUGAUAUACUAGGCUUAGCUGUUUUAGCAGGAGAUAUAUUUACAGUGUGAGGAAAAGGCACUUGAUGUGUAUAGAGGUAGCUCUCAUAUCUUCCUACCUACUGUAAGCUCUGUGCUGUAUAGAUAAAAGGGAUGACAGAGGGAGAAAUCAAUGGUUGUUAUAACUCACAGAUGACAAUGCAUCAUGACAUGAAAAGAUGUGUUCCUAGCCCCCUACUUUUCCUCUAGUUUACUCCCCUCCUUUUUAAUUUUUCCUCCUUUCCGCCUCCUUUUUUUUUGACUGAGGCUCUUUCCUUUUAUUUCUCUCAUCUUUUGUGGUGCCGUGAGCAGAGGACGACUUUGUUCUCACCAAGGGAGCUGACAGCAGUGAUAACAGUUCUGACAGAGAUGGGAGACACAAACCACAGCAUAGGGAGACUAAUGAGAGGAAGAGAGAUAGAUAGAGCGAGAGUGGUGUUGGAGGGGUUGAUGGAUAGAUGGAUAAAUGGAGGGAUAGAACAUAAAAUAAGAUAGGGAGGUGCUGUUUCGGGCAAUGAGAGGUGUGUUGGCUUAAAGCAGAAGCGAGGACAGAAAAGGAGAGAAAAAAGGAAGAAGUGAAAAGUGUGACAAAUGCAAUGGCAAGGGGUAAAAAAAAAAAACAGACAAAAAGAAAAAAGAGGGGGCUUGAGAAGGGUGCAGGCGGGGUAAAGAAGACGGGUGACAGCUGAAAUAAUGUGACAUUGUCAUCCAAAAAAAAUGACUUGAGUUUUACCCACAGCAAAUCCACUACUGCAGUCAGUAAAUGCCUGAGUGAUAGCAGACCGCACACUUCAUUCAAGAACUGACGUUUUAUGUCACCUGUGACUAUUAAACAAUAAUUUUGGGGAAGGCUCCGCCAUAUUUAUUGUGUAUCUUCAUCAUAACGCCUAUUUCAUGCCACAUGCGUAUCAUGAUUUUUGGAAAUGUUUGUAGGACAACAGGAGGAAGAGAGGCAUGGCAAGACAAUCAGAGUAAAACAUAAAAAAGUAAAAUAUUUACCAAGACCAGAGGACAAAUGACUGCCUUCUAAAGAAAGGCUAUUAAAAAUCUCCCUCUCAGAAUUUGGCUAGAGCGCUGCAUAUACCUAAUAUCUACUGUGAUCUGGUCUCUUUAUAAAAUUACCUUUACAAAUGAAGUGAAAGAAAUCUAAUCAUACAUCUUAUAAUUGUAACCCAUUAUUCUCAAGAGAAUGGUUAAACGUUGUUAACUGAAAUUAAGUUCUAACAGCUUGCUGUUUUUGGUGGUACUCUGGUCUAAUUAUGCUUCCUAGAAUUCUCUCAUAGCAACAUAUCUUUUCAAAUGUAUUAAAAAGAUUGUGAUUGUAACUGUUUUUACUGGUAUUUAAGUGAUAGUUCAAAAUACAUAGGGGUAGGAGGAGGAUACAGGAUACAAAAAUAAUCAUAAGAGAAUUUGUAAUUUUAUACUAUAAUAUUGACAUGUAUUGAGAUAUAAUACUUGAGAUAUAUUGAUUGGGAAAUUGAUUUAAAAAAUCAAACAUGUCUGCUUUCGGAUAUUCCUGUAAAUUAAACACUUAACACACUAUAGUACUUCAUCAGAAUUAAAACAAAAAUCAUAUGAAAUCUCAAUAUUACCAUAAAGUAGUUAUCCUCAUUCAUUUGAAUACAACAGCCUAAUAGGACCAGAGACAUUAAACCAAAGACAUUAAAAUGAGAAGGAAUAUAUGACAUGAUUCAGUUCAAUCACAUGAGACAAAUUUUGAUAUCUGCUAUUUUGAUAAACAAUGAACAACAAAAAUAAGCAAAAAUAUUUCCUUAUUUCAGCUUCCCAACUGCACAUAUUUCUGCUCUCUUAGUCUUAUGUGAUAAACCGAAAAUAUUUAUCUUUUGUUCUCUUAGUCACCUUGGGCAGGAAAUCAUGGUAGCCAUUUUUCACUCUUUUCUUACAUUUGAAAACCGAACAAUUAUUCAAUUAAUUGAAAAUAUUCCUGUCAUAUUAACCAGUAGUGAAAUUAAUUAGUUGCAUCCACACAGUAUCUGUCAUCGUAUCGCCCCACCCUAAAGGGAAACAUUUUCAGUAUUUUAACAGCUGAUUUGUUUCACUUCAAAAACAUCAGAAAUUUCAAAAGGUGAUGUGAUGCAUUCUGUGAGGUAAAAAAAAAAACAUGAGUUGACUCAGGUCGUCCACUUUACUAGGCCUUAGUACAGCACACACACAGUUCUGUUAACAGGGAUCACAGCCUUACCGCUACACUGUGCAGUUCAACAUACAAACAAACAUACAGACAGCAAGAAGGAAGCAGCUUUCUGACUGCCCCUCCCCGACCCCACUAAAAUAGUUUAAGGGAGGAAGAAAUUCAAAGGAAGACGCCAGCAAACAGUCAGAGAUUAAAAAAGGAAGAGAAAGAGAGUUGAGAGAAAGAUGGAGACUAGAUGGGAUGUUGGGGAGCACUGAUACAUACACACCGAUCGGCUGCAACAUUAAAACCACCUGCUUAAUAUUCUGCAGGUCUGCUUUGUGCUGCCAAAACAGCUGUGACCUGUCAGGGGAAGGAGCACAGGACCUCUUUGGGUGUUUUGUGGUCACCUGCAUCAAAAUGUUGGAAUUGUUGCAUUGAGGCUCGGGCCUCCAGGUGGGAGGGUGGAUUCGGCUUAUUCUUCCGGUGCAUCCCACAGAUUCCGGAUCGGGCUGGGAUCUGGGGAGUCUGCAGGCUGUUGUUGCAGUCCUUGAGACAUUCCCGAUCUGUUUUCAAAAUAUGACGGACUGCACUGUCCGGCUGGGGAGAGUCUGCUGCUGACAGGAAGAGCCGUUGCCCCUGGGGGGGUUUCCCAAGGUUCCCCCACAGAACAUUGCAUUGUAAACAGAUGAUUAAUGCUAUUCACUUCACCUGUCAGUGGUGUUAAUGUUGUGGCUGAUCGGUGUAUAUAACCUUUGAGUGUUGAAAUGCAUUCUUACUUUCAGCAGCUCUCUCUUUUCCAACCUGUGUUACUGUAUUACUGUGUACCAGUAAUACUGAAAGAGCUCCAGUGUGGGGUUUUAGUUUUCUUUUAUGCAUUUGUUUUGCUUUCUUUUUCUUUUUUUUUAAGAACACUGAAGUUUCCUUUCAUUCAUUGCAUUCCUUUCAUUCUGUGCAGAAAUCCUUUUCCUUUGAAAAUGUCACCCUCAGAUGUGAUAAUGAAAACACUCUUAUGUAUAAACAUAA